CCUCCGGCCUGCGCGCCCUGGGCGCGGCGCCGCUGCGCACUGGGCUGGUGCCGGGGGCCGGACGACGGGCGGGGGCCGGCGCUGUCAGCGAGCCGAGGAUGUCGGAGGAACUGCCCUUGCACAUCAACCUCCGGGAGCCGCGAUGGGACCAGCGCACUUUCCAGGGGCGAGCCAAGCACUUCUUCAUGGUGACCGACCCCCGCAACCUCCUGCUGUCCGCGGCGACGCUGGAAGACGCCCGGAGGGUGGUUGAGAAUUACAGGUCAGGGACGGUAUCACCGGAUCUGACGGAGGACCAGCUCUGGCGGGCAAAAUACAUCUACGACUCGGCCUUCCACCCCGACACCGGGGAGAAGAUGAUCCUGAUCGGGCGCAUGUCGGCCCAGGUGCCCAUGAACAUGACCAUCACCGGCUGCAUGCUCACCUUCUACAGGACGACGCCUGCGGUGUUAUUCUGGCAGUGGGUGAACCAGUCGUUCAACGCGAUUGUGAACUACACUAACCGGAGCGGAGACGCCCCCAUCACGGUCGGCCAGCUGGGGACGGCCUACGUCAGCGCCACCACCGGGGCGGUCGUGACGGCGCUGGGACUCAAAUCUCUCACCAAGCAUUUACCAUCGAUUAUUGGCCGCUACGUGCCUUUUGCUGCUGUGGCAGCUGCUAACUGCAUCAACAUUCCUUUAAUGCGGCAGAGGGAGCUGAAGUUUGGGAUCCCCGUCACGGAUGAGGACGGGAACCGGCUGGGGGAGUCGAGGGCAGCGGCCCAGCAAGCCAUUGCUCAGGUGGUGGUGUCCCGGAUCGGCAUGGCUGCCCCUGCCAUGGCCAUCCCUCCUGUGAUCAUGAACGCCCUGGAGAAGAGAGCCUUCCUGAAGCGAUACCCCUGGCUGAACGCUCCCUUGCAGGUCGGACUGGUGGGGUUCUGCUUGGUGUUCGCGACCCCGCUGUGCUGCGCACUCUUCCCACAGAAAAGCUCGAUGCGAGUGAGUCGCCUGGAGCCCGAAGUCCAAGCUCUGGUCCGGGAGAAGAACCCCCACAUGGAGACUGUCUACUUCAACAAAGGGCUUUAAGCCAGGCUCUCCUCCACCCCCCCAGCUGCCGGGAGAAGAGAUCAGGGACCGGAUCGGAACCCAGGUGUCCGGGGAGAAUGUUAAAUGUUGUACUAGAAUAACGCCUUUGAGCUGCUGCUUUAUUUCUGGCUGUCAUGUCUCAGUAGGUCCUGUGUGUACGAUGUAGGUUCCUUGCACUCAGAUGACCCAUAGCAAUAGGUAGUGAUAUAUGCUGCUGUGGUAUAGAUUGUCUUUCCUGAGCAAAACAGAAACAGGCAGAGCUGAUCCUCUCCGGUGGCAGGUCGAGAGCGGCCAGGGCCCCUCAGUAACCCUCCCUCCACUCCACCCUCCUGCUGUGUGUGGUCCCAGAGUGGCUCACAUGUCUGGAGAGUAAUGCUCCUGAGAUGCGUCCAUGGGAUGCGGUUGCAGUCUUUCUAGACACUCGAUUGCGAUGAGGUGGACUGACUGCUGGGGAAAGCUACGUACUUACACAGCAGAGUCGCUCAGAAAAAGAUCGAGGGGGGAAGAAACGACUAUACAAGGGAGCUUGGUGCAGAGAUGGACCCCAGAGCGUUUUGGGGUGUCCUGAUCUGGGGUUUCUCUGCCUACCAGAGGAGAAUUAGCUGCAGUGUCUGAAUGUGGGGAAAGCCCGGACCCAGAUCUGUAACUCAGCUUUGCACUUGGGCUGAUCGCUGCUGUUGGAACCUGGUGUUUGGAACCAGCUUUCACUCGUGUGUGUGUGUGUAUCUUUGCACGCUCAAUGCCUGUGCAUGUCCGGGCUCAUUCCUAACCGUUGUCUCUGCAGGGAGCAGUUCUGAGACCUUGCACAUGCAGAAUAAUGGAAUUUCCAUGCGGGAGAGUUAAACUGUCCGUGAGGAAAUUCCCCUGCCUGUCUGCAGAGAUCUAACCCGCUGCCCUCUGCAUUGCCCCUUUUAAACGCACUCUGGAGGCGUGAGUAGGGCGACCGGACAGCAAGUGUGAAAAAUCAGGAAGGGGGUGGGGGGUAAUAGGAGCCUAUAUAAGAAAAAGACCCAGAAAUUGGGACUGUCCCUAUAAAAUCUGGACAUCUGGUCACCCUAGGCGUGAAGGAAAGUCAGGGCUCCCCCGUUUUAUUGUGAAUAUUGACUCAGUACACGUACGGUGCAGGGGAAAAUGCAUCACAAUCGUUUUAGGAUGCGAAAGACAAUCGCUGGGCACAAGAGAUCACUGAUCAAUAAAGCACAAAAAGAGGAGGAAACCCGCCCCUCUUCUGUGAUCGGAAGGAACCAACGCUACAGGGGUAGGGAGACUCUUCCAGUAAUCACAGCUCUGUCGCAGCCUGCACCAUCGAGCUUAAAAUCCUCCUCGUUCAGGGCUGAUCCUGCCCCACUGAAAUCUGCAGGAGCUGCACCGUUGGCUUCAGUGGGUGCAGGAGCAGGGGUCUGAAUGCAUCUUUUUUAAAACUAGCCUAAUCAAGGCAGCUAACGUAGAUCUGACGGCUCGGAAAUGCCUGCGCUCUAAUGGAGAGGGCUGGGGGAUGUCACAGCUAAGCACCAGGGGCCCAAGGCUACUCCAGGUCAGCAAUUUAAUCCGGUUUUCCGCUGCUUUCAUCUCCAGAGCAAAUUACACAUUCUAAUCUCCGAAAACCAGCCCGGGAGGGUGGUGUUAUUUAAUGUCGCCUUUGUUCCAGGCUCAAGUCGCAUCCUGGGGGCUGCUAGACGCCCUUUGCGGGGCUCCUGUCUCCUUGCUGUAAGAUCACCUUGUUGUUUGCUAGACCAGCCUCCCUUUGAACAUGUGACGUUUAAAGGGAUCGCGUCACACUGCUUUAAGGUCCCUGGGCUUUGUGGCGUGGGUGGGUGUGUAGCUACAGACAGAUAAAAAUUGGAUGUUUUACAACGUCUAAACCGGACAGAAAUGUUUCUGUGACAUUGAAUGAAAACGCGUUUAGUCCUGGCCUGGAUAUAAACCUUCCCCUGCUGUGCUGGGGCCUGGCCCUCUGCUCCUGCCAGAAAGGAAACUGAGUAGACUCAAGAGGUGAAACUGACCCCCUGUUUGCCGGCCCAGCUGAGUGAGGGGCACAGAGCAAACAACCCGGCUCUGGGGCAGACAGGGAAUUGGAGAUUGCAAAGUAGAACUAGCUGGAGCGGGUGUCACAGUAAGAGCGGCCUUUGAUUGUGUCCUGGAGGGAGAAUCAGCCCCAUCCUACAAGAGAGACAGAGAGAGCUCAGAUCUGCUGCAGAAGGUGGCUUGUUGCUCCUCCCAGAUGCCUGGGGUGACUCUAGUUCCCAAAGGGAAAACGGGACACUGCACAGGGCUGGCCUGAGGGCUCCCCCCCCCCCCAGGUCUGGCCUGAGUUGCUUGCCCGAUCCCUGCCUGCCCCCGGCACGGGCUGGGGUUGCUGCUUACCCGAUCCCUGCCUGCUCCCGGCACGGGCUGGGGUUGCUGCUUACCUGAUCCCUGCCUGCCCCCGGCACGGGCUGGGGUUGCUGCUUACCUGAUCCCUGCCUGCCCCCGGCACGGGCUGGGGUUGCUGCUUGCCCGAUCCCUGCCUGCUCCCGGCACGGGCUGGGGUUGCUGCUUACCUGAUCCCUGCCUGCCCCCGGCACGGGCUGGGGUUGCUGCUUGCCCGAUCCCUGCCUGCUCCCGGCACGGGCUGGGGUUGCUGCUUACCUGAUCCCUGCCUGCCCCCGGCACGGGCUGGGGUUGCUGCUUGCCUGAUCCCUGCCUGCUCCCGGCACGGGCUGGGGUUGCUGCUUGCCCGAGCCCUGCCUGCCCCCUGCGCAGGGCUGGGGUUGCUGCUUGCCCGAGCCCUGCCUGCCCCCUGCGCAGGGCUGGGGUUGCUGCUUGUGUGAGCCCUGGCUUCCCCCUGCGCAGGGCUGGCAUCGCAGCCCCCCCCCCAUUGCAUGUUCCUCUGCACCUCGUUUUUUUGACAAAAGUGGGCAUUUGGCCCGUUUGCGCUUGCCAGCUGAUCAAGCCGUCCCCUAGAAUAGCCCUGACAGAAUCAGGCUCAGCGCUCGUCUGUGAUUUGCCCAGAUUGCACUGGCUGGGAGGGCAGUGAUAAGGACCGUCAAUCCUCAUGCUUCAGGGCACAGAGUGAUCAGCAGCUGGAGUCAGGCAGAAAUCCCCCCCGCACACACACACAUAACGGUGCACUGUGGGGGUUUCACACUUCCCUCUGAAGUGUUUGGUACAGCAGCGGGCAUUGCACGGGGCUAGGUGGGACAUCAGAUUCCAGAGGACUUAGAUAGGGACGGGCUGACUUUAAUCGUCGUGUCCACUGGGGGGACAAUCCUUUCCAAUGGGUUUUGAGGGAGGCUGGAGGCAGCUUGGUCCAAGUGGUUUGAGCAGGGCCCUGGGAGUCAGGACUCCUGGGUCCCCGUCUUGGUUUGGCCAUCGGUUUGCUGUGUGCCUGUGGGAAAGCCGUUUCCCCCGGCCACACCUCGCUUUUCCCGGCUGAGGGGAACGGGGGCGUGAAGGUCGUCUGCCCUAACCCCCGGUCGAGCAGCAGGAGUCGUUGGGUCUAAAUCAUCCAAGACAGAUGGCUCCAGUCUCCUUUCGAAAACCUCCAGCCCCACCUAAGGCCACGUCUACGCUACCCGCCGGAUCGGUGGGUGGUAAUCGAUCUAGCGGGGGAUCAAUCUAUCGUCUAGACGCAAUAAAUGGAUCCCCGUACUCCACCUCGGCAGGAGGAGUAAGCGAAGGCGACGGGGGAGCCGCGGUGGUCGACUCGCCGCCGUGAGGCGAAUAGUGUAGCUGAAGUUGUAUAACUUAGAUCGAUCCCCCCCAAGUGUAGCCCUAAGAGUCACUCGGCUUGAGCACCGCGGGGACAACAAUGGAAACUGGGUGUAAACGAAAGAAAAUAUGAGAAACUCCAAGUUUUGACAGGGCCAAGGAAACAAGGCAAAUCCCGGUACUCUUGUCUGUAAAAGUAGCUGGGUGUCAUUUCUCCUCUGCGCUGGAUUCAUUUCCAGCAGGGGCCUGCACAGAAAUCAGAUCUUUGGAAGGGCAGGACGUUUAAAAUCAAACAAUCCAAGGAAAAAAAAAAAAAGGGCACCCUGGACGCUCCCAGCAGGGGUGUUAUGCAAUGCAGCGUUUAUAUGUAGGUCCUACAAAAAGUGUGUUGUUGCUUUCUGGUGACACAAAGGGGCCCUGUGCUGGCAGCGUGUGGGAAUAGGUGCUACAGGAUGGAUGGACUUCCAGUGGGAGCGAGUUUGGCAAAUUCCCUUGUUACGUGCUGUUUGUAACCUCCCUGGUAAGCCAGCUCUGCUCAGAAAGGGCGCGGGCACGUCUCUGAGGCCGGGGCUUAGAUAAGGAGACGCCGGCUCUGACGGGCGGCGGCGCCGAAACGAACGCUGUUGCUUUUGUAAGGAUCUUUGGUGCAGCGUGUGGCGCGGCGGGUCUGGGAGAGCCCCGUGAGCAGGAGGAACUGGGGGAGUGGUACACACAGAGCUUUGGCUCUUGCCUUUGGGGAAGGAUUUGGGGCAGGGGGACGCUGCAGGAUGGUGGGUUUGCCCCAACUGCAGGAUGUUCUGGUGCUCUCCCGGGCGGCCCCGGCCUCCUGCCGCUCAAAGGCACCUGCUUGAGAGCAGAAAGCUUUAACAAUCCUUGUGCAAUACGGCCCGGGCGCUCAGUGUCUGUGGGCGUCACCCCUUCCCCAGGGGCAGGGGGCGAGUUGCAGCACAGGGCUACGUCCGAUCCCUUCCUGCCGCAGGUCCCUUGGUGGAAGGCCUGGCGCUGCGCGUGCUGCUCGCUCGGCUGGUGUCUGUACCCUGAACUCAGACCCCUCUCGGCGGGACACUGAGCCCAUGGCUGACCUCCAUUGUCGCUUUAAACAGGGCAAUUGUUCCAAAAUAAAGGCGAUAUUUUCUGUCUCUGG